AGCUCUGAAGUUGCCCCGUAGGAGACACCCUCCUUUGAAUUGGGCUUGCACUUCCAUCCUGUGAAGUGCCCAGAUACUGGCGUGCUAGUUUUCACAGCCAUGGCAACGGAAGAGAAGAAGCCAGAUUCAGAAUCAACCAAAACACAAUCCACACCCUCCUCUUCAACCAAUCAGAGCAAGCCUGCCCCUGUAAAACCAAACUAUGCCCUGAAGUUCACAAUGGCAGGACACACCAAAGCUGUCUCAUCAGUGAAAUUCAGUCCCAAUGGGGAGUGGUUGGCCAGUUCUUCGGCUGAUAAGCUUAUAAAAAUCUGGGGCGCCCAUGACGGCAAAUUUGAGAAAACCAUAUCUGGCCACAAGCUGGGAAUAUCUGAUGUCGCUUGGUCAUCUGAUUCAAACCUCCUUGUAUCUGCCUCAGAUGACAAAACACUCAAAAUUUGGGAUGUGAGCUCGGGGAAAUGCUUGAAAACCCUGAAGGGGCACAGCAACUAUGUCUUCUGCUGCAAUUUCAACCCACAGUCCAACCUCGUUGUCUCAGGAUCGUUUGAUGAGAGUGUGAGGAUAUGGGACGUCAAAACCGGGAAGUGCCUAAAAACCCUGCCAGCCCAUUCUGACCCAGUUUCAGCAGUGCAUUUUAACCGUGAUGGCUCUCUGAUAGUGUCCAGCAGCUAUGAUGGCCUCUGCCGAAUCUGGGAUACAGCAUCAGGACAGUGUUUGAAAACACUGAUUGAUGAUGACAAUCCCCCUGUGUCUUUUGUGAAGUUCUCUCCCAAUGGCAAAUAUAUUCUAGCGGCAACGUUGGACAACACUCUUAAGCUUUGGGACUACAGCAAAGGAAAGUGCCUAAAGACCUACACAGGCCACAAGAAUGAGAAGUACUGCAUCUUUGCCAACUUCUCCGUUACUGGUGGAAAGUGGAUUGUGUCUGGUUCAGAGGACAACCUGGUUUACAUUUGGAACCUCCAAACAAAAGAGACUGUACAGAAGCUGCAAGGGCAUACAGAUGUUGUGAUCUCUACAGCCUGCCAUCCAACAGAGAACAUAAUUGCCUCAGCAGCUCUAGAAAAUGACAAAACAAUUAAACUUUGGAAGAGUGACUGUUGAAAUGCUUUCAGCAUCACUUCAGAGACUGCUGGGUGUGUGUGUCUGGAAAACAUAGGGGUAGGCCUAUUUUGUGUUUGUGUUUUUGAAGACCCAUUUGCCAGGAAACAAAGCAGCCUUUGAGAAGAUGAUGUCUCCUAGUCUUGGCCCAAAGAACUUCUCUCUUUGGCUUGUCUCCAAACUGGACAAAUUCAGUUUUUUUUGGGGGGGGGGGAAUAAUAAAAAGGUUCUUUUUUCUUUGAUGAAUUGGAGGCUUUUUCUAAUGGGAAGCCAUUAACUAUUCUCUCCUUGGAGAAUAAGAUGGCAACUCUGUCUCCUAACAACAAUCACAGCCAAGUCAUAAACUUAGAAAGAAUCUGGAUAUGUUAACCUUUUUGAAGAUAAAGAAAAAAAAAAAGAUCCAGGCAGGUAGGCCCUAGUAC